AGAUUUUGGAGGUAUGAAGCGACAAACAUUCAUAUUUAUUUGUAUAAUACUAUCUCUAGGCUAGUAGUUGCAGUUGAGAAUAACGCUGGCAAGUACCCUUCUGACUGUGUCACCUAGUUAGCAUUUUACUAAUACGUCAGGGGGAUGCAGUCUGGGCUAUGUUUUAAUGGUGCUACCCAUUUUUGGGGGGACUUGUCAAGAAUAUUCAAGCAGCGCAGUCUCAUUGGCACAACGAUACAUUUGGCGUAGAUUUGAUUCCUCGUUCCCGCAACAGUGUCCGCCAUUUUGAUUUAAAAUAUGUAUGAAUCCUUUUCUGUCUUGCUCCAAUCUUGAGGAUAAAAGCAACAACUCAUUUACUGGACCUGGGAUUGUACUAUAGCGGUUGGAAGGGUCAGGCAGCGUCUGGUGAGCUGACAAGGAAACACUCGACAGAUUACUGACAGAUUUGGUUAAAUAACCUGGACGUGCAUCACCAGUUGACUGGUUUGGAACAUAAACAAACUGCUCAGCUAGCAGGCUAACAACACUGACGCCCUGGAGCUAAAGUCAAGGUUGCAGAGGUGGUGAUGGAGUGUGAGUGUGUGUCAAUGGUGUGGGUGUAAUCAUCCAUGCAGAUUCAAGACCAUUCCUUCCUGCGUAUUUGAGAUAAAUUACUUAAGAGGUCUGACCGAGGAAACACUUUACUAAGCAGCGGCAGCCAUGUUCUGGAAGUUUGACCUGCACACGUCGUCCCAGCUGGAGGCCCUGCUUGAGAAGGACGAUGUCACGCUCACUGAGCUCAUGGAGGAGGAGGACGUACUGCAGGAGUGCAAGGCCCAGAACCGCAGGCUGCUGGUCUUCCUGUCCCAGGACACCUGCAUGCAGGAGCUGCUGCACCUCAUAACCACAGAGCCCCCUGCUGGUCUGGAAGAGACAAAACGCUUCAAGCACCCUAACAUAGCGUGUGAGCUCCUGACGAGUGAUGUAGGGGUGAUAAAUGAUAAGCUGGGAGGAGAGAAGUCCCUGCUGGACACCCUGUACUCCUUCCUGGAGCAGCCCCCUCCCCUCAACCCCCUCCUUGCAUCCUUCUUCAGCAAGACCAUCGGAAACCUCAUCACACGCAAGACCGAACAGGUGAUCUCCUUCCUGCGGGGAAAGGAGGGUUUCCUGGGUCUGGUUCUUAAACACAUCAACACAUCGGCCAUGAUGGACCUCCUGUUACGCCUCAUCAGCUGUGUAGAGCCUGCUCCUCUCAGACAGGACACACUCAAUUGGUUGAAUGAAGAGCGGCUGGCCCAGAGGCUCAUAGAGCUCAUUCACCCUGGGAAAGACAAGGAGAGACAGUCAAAUGCGUCCCAGACUGUGUGUGACAUCAUCCGUCUGAGCAGAGACCAGGCCAAUCAGCUCCAAGACAACUCUGAGGCCGACCCUCUGCUUGCCGUGCUGGAGUCGCAGGAGUGUGUGGGUCAGCUGCUGGACAACAUGUUUGUGGGAGAGGGCACUGAGAGCUGCAUCGUCUACGGAACUCAAGUCCUUCUCACCUUACUGGAGAUCAGGAGGCCGGGGGUGGAGGGUGUGUUGGAUGUGUGUGUUCAGGGAUAUGAGAGGUGUGUCAACAGCAGCAUCCUGCAGGCUGUCCAACCCCACCUCACACACUAUCACCAACUACUGCUGGAUCCUCCCAGGCGGACCCCCAUGCUGACCAGUCUAGGUGUGUUGGAGGUGCCACUGGGUAACUGUCGUCUCCAUGUGGCCAGACUGAUGGCCUCCCUACUACAGACCACUAACACAAGUUAUUACACCUGUUGUGAGGACACCAUUUAUAACAACACCGUCACAAUGGAGCUCUGCAGACUCCAGACCAUAAACCUUCUACUGGACCUGUUCUUUAAGUACACCUGGAACAACUUCCUGCACUUCCAAGUGGAGCUGUGUGUGGCAGCCAUCCUCAGCCACUCUGCCCAGGAGGAGAGACCCCAGGUUGGCCUGGUUAUCCAGGAAAGGCCCUUGGUUCCCCUAGAGGACAUGCCCCAGGCCAGCUUUGCGACCCAGGAAAAGCCCAUGUUUCUCCAGGAGGAGAGGCCUCAGGCCAGCCUCCCAACCCAGGAAAAGCAGGCCUCGUCCGGCCCCAAACCCCCACUGCCCUCUGUUCCUCCUGACAUCUCCACACAUAACCCACUGGUGACCCAUUUGUUUCAGGACUGUCGUCUGGUUCAGAGGAUAUUGGAGGCCUGGGAGGAGAAUGAUAAGACUCAGGCAGAGGGGGGAAUGAGGAGAGGCUACAUGGGUCACCUGACAAGGAUCGCCAAUACUGUAGUCUGUAACAUGGAGAAAGGACCAGUACACACCCAGAUCAGCAGCCUCAUUACAGAGCUGCCUACGGAUUGCAAGGGGCGCUGGGAGAGCUUUGUAGACCAGGCCCUGACAGAGACCAACAGGAAGAACACUGUAGACCUGGUGUCUCACAACCUGCGCUCCUCCAGUGAAGACGAUGACAGACAGAGUCCCUUCCCCAAAGAGUUGUCACUGCAACAGACAUUCUCAGACUACCAGAUCCAGCAGAUGACUGCUAACUUUGUGGAUCAGUUUGGCUUCAAUGACGACGAGUUCUCAGAACACGGCGACAACAUCAACGCCACCUUUGUCCGGAUCACAGAGAUCAACUUCAACGUGGACACAGAGGACACUGCUAAGACUGCAGCAUUUGAGGCCUGCACUAAGGAGAAGAUCCAGUUGUUUGAUGACAGCGAGGAGGAAGACAUCUGGGAGGAGAGAGAGAUCAACUAUACCACGCACACCAAGUCUAGGACCAGGUUUGGGGGGCCGCAUACGUCUGUUGGAUCGGCUCAGAGUGAUGGGGUGAGCGAUACUCCUGAUAGGUCAACAGGUUCUGACACAGAUGAAGGUGAGGUGCCUAAUGAGGUCACAGGUCAGACUGAACACAGCAAGAACAUCAGCCAGACAGAGACUGCACAGAGCCCUGGCUGGGCGGCUAGUUUCGGGGAGGUGAACUUUAACUCCCCCUCAUCUGGAGUGGACAUGGACCCAUGGGGUAGCCCCGCCCCCAUGCCUGGAGUGGGUGUAGACCCAUGGGGUAGCCCCGCCCCCAAGCCUGGAGUGGGUGUAGACCCAUGGGGUAGCCCUGCCCCCAAGCCUGGAGUGGGUGUGGAUCCAUGGACUACCCCCGCCCCCAAGCCUGGAGUGGGCGUGGACGCAUGGGGAAGCCCUGCCCCCCAGCCCGUAACUACAGAGGCUGAGAAGGGCUGGGCCAAAUUCACUGAUUUUCAGCCCUUUUGCUGUUCAGAGACCGGUCUGAGGUGCACUUCUCCAGUGAACUCAGAGAUCUGUGGGUCAGACAAAACCAAACCCAGCCAGGGAAAGAACCCGUGUGUGUGGAGUGUUUGUGUGGCGAGGAAGGCUCCCCUGGUAGCAUCAGACACCUCUUCAUCAGGAGGCUCAGACAGCGAGGAAGAGGAGGAAAAGACUGAAUCCGUUACUAUGGAGAUGGUAUCCAAGGAAAUGGUCACUACAGAGACCAUUGUCACAACCGCUGGACUGGAGACCAUCAGACUUACCAUGGAUGCCAAGAACGAGAGAGCUGGCACCAGUGAGGCUGACAUGAAAGAGAAGGAAAAGGAGAAAGAGAGGGUGAUGGGUAGAGGAGACCUGCUUAAUGCCACCGCUGCUCCUCUCACAGAUCGGCCUGCCACCGUCACAAAAGAGACACCCUCCUCAGCAAACGGACUGGCCUAGUACUGCGCUACCACGACACACACACCUCACACACAUACACACUCCAUUCCCUAGCUAACACAACCACACUCCACUUCCCAACAACACAAUGCCAUGCAACAUCCUGUAUUUGUGAGCAGUGCUGCCCUGUCAUUGGUCCGUGUCGAGGACAUCUACGGUGGAUGAGAGGGACAAAAACCAGAAGAGAAAAGCCAGUUCAGAAACCAGACCACAGCUCCUAAACACAACAACUAAUAAACAGGUUCAUGUGA